AAUUCUGUUCAUAACUUAAGUACAUUGAUUGAUCCAUUCAGUAGAUUAAGAUGAGGGUUUACAAGGAAUCAUUAACUACCAAAUAUUUGUAUGUUUUUGUUCUUCUAACUUUGGUUUUUGGAUUUGCAACGGUUCAUUCGGAACUGACACUGAAUGAUUCUAACCAACAAAAACUAUCAAAGACCAUUACCGUUGAUAAAUCAGGGAAGUCUGAUUUCUCAACUAUUCAAUCCGCUAUUGAUUCGAUACCAGAAAACAAUAAUCAGUGGAUACGUAUUCAAGUCAAAAGUGGCGUUUACCUAGAGCAAGUAGAAAUUCCUUCAGAAAAACCCUUCAUCGUUUUGGAAGGUGAAAGUAUGAAUACUACAAUUAUUGCAUGGGGAGCCCACGACCGAUUAGAUAGAAGUCCUACUUUUAGCUGUUAUGCUGAUAAUUUUGUUGCUCGGCAUGUAAGCUUCUAUAACACAUAUAAUCAUCCAUUGGACUCCACUGUGAAUGAGAAUCCUCGGAAGCAGGUUGCUGCUGCACAAAUACGAGGAAAUAGGAAUUCGUUCUAUGAAUGUGGUUUCUAUUGUUUACAAGAUACAUUAUGGGAUGUAAGCGGCCUCCAUUACUUCAAAUCUUGCUUCAUUGAAGGAGCUGUUGAUUUCAUAUUUGGGGGUGGUCAAUCUGUAUAUAGGAUUGUGACAUAUUAGUGAUCUCUGAGUGGCUAAGCGUUAUGAAGAAAGAUGAUGCUGAAGAAUUUGUGAUGGUAGGUUUCAUAACUGCACAGGGAAGAGAUAACCCAGAAGAUCCAAGUGCGUUUGUGUUUAAAGAGUG